AUGGGGGAGGCUCUGGAGCACUUCUUUGUCUUCGUAGGGCUGCUGGUGUGCCUGGUCUACCUGGUAAAAUGGGUGAGAUUCUCCAAAUGCGUUUUCCUGCACUUCCGGAAAGUUUUGCCAAGGUCUUUCUUGAAGUCAAUGGGACAGUGGGCAGUGAUCACUGGAGCGGGAGACGGCAUUGGGAAAGCUUACUCGUUUGAGCUAGCAAGACAAGGGCUCAACGUUGUUCUGAUCAGCAGGACGCUGGAAAAACUACAAACUCUUGCCAUGGAGAUUGAGCGGACUACAGGGAGUAGUGUGAAAAUUAUACAAGCAGAUUUUACCAAGGACGACAUCUAUGAAUAUAUUAAAGGAAAACUUGAAGGCUUAGAAAUUGGGAUUUUAGUCAACAAUGUUGGAAUGCUUCCAAGCCUUCUCCCGACACAUUUCCUGAAUACACCAGAUGGAAUCCAGAGCCUCAUCCAUUGUAACAUCACCUCGGUAGUGAAGAUGACACAGCUGGUUCUGAAACAUAUGGAAUCAAGGCAGAAAGGGCUCAUCUUGAACAUAUCUUCUGGGGUGGCCCUCUUUCCCUGGCCUCUAUACUCCAUGUAUUCAGCUUCCAAGGCUUUUGUGUGCACAUUUUCCAAGGCACUGCAAGCAGAAUACAAAGCGAAAGGAAUCAUCAUCCAGGUGCUGACCCCAUACUCUGUUUCGACCCCAAUGACAAAGUGUCUCAAUACCAGCCUGAUAACCAAGACCGCCAAUGAGUUUGUUAAAGAAUCACUAAAUUAUGUCAUGAUUGGAGAUGAAACUUGUGGCUGCCUCGUCCAUGAAAUCUUGGCGAGAUUUCUGAGCCUGAUUCCAUCCUGGGUCAUCUAUAGCAGCAUGUUCAAGAAGCUGCUCCUGACUCGUUACACCAGCUACCUUGAGCAGAACACCAACAUCAGUAGUCUAGGUGGGCUGAUGGGCCAUCCAGCAUCAUUUUCUUCACCAAGUUCUUCACUGGCUGCUGAAAAUAAAGAAGCAGACCAUCACCCAUCACCCUCUGAAGCUGGAGGGCCAUGCCACAGACACAGUACCUAGAAUACAGCUUUUGUGUCAUUUUGCUCAUGUUAAAAUUGAGGACAAAUGGAGACCAAUCUUGAAAAUUCCCUGAGCAGAUAAAGCCAGUUUACUCAUACAAACAAAACUUACUUUAGCUUAUUAUGUAAGACUAAUGAUGGGAUUCAGGGCAGGCUGCCCCAAAGUAUGUUGCUUUGGUAUAUUGAUUAUUUUGAAUUAAAGUUACUUUAGGAACAGCAAGAACACUCUGACCCUUCUUUGCCCCUCAUGUAAUAGGAAAUAUUGUUGUGACCAUCUUUGGGAAAUAC